CAAAACUUAAUAAUAAUAGGAAUUGCUGGUAAUUUAGGGGAAACUGCAUUAUACUGGUUUAAUUUAAUUUAAUUUAUUAAUAUUUCACUGUUUUCGAGCGGCUUAUUAUCGUCAAUUGUGAAGUUUUCACGACAGACUCCACAUCUUUCACAUCUUUGUUGCAUUGGAAAAGUUUUUUUUACUUUAGAGGAUAUUGUGUACAUCGGACAUUUCUUGAAAACAUAAAAAAUUUAAUUAUUACUCUAUAGCCCUCUGAAUAGAGAAGUGAAUUUUGGACAAUUUUUUUAUUUUUUUUACACAAAACAUAAACUAGUUUAUGAAACUUGCUUAAGGAUGCCGUCAAUUAUUCAAGCUUCAACGUUAAUAGAUUCUUCCCUUUCGAAUGGCAUGAUGAAUCCUCCUACCGAUUCUAGCGUCCUCCCAUCUGAAGGUAAUGCAUCCAAACAUGACUCUCAAUUAAUGCAGCACAUGUUUCGCGCAUUCGUUAGUAAAGCCCUUGAUGAUAAAACCGCGGGAAAUGUUGCUGCAUAUGAAGAUAUGAGGAGACAAUUCUCUAUAAGGCCUGAUGCAAAAGAUGCUCCUUCAUCUAUUCAGAUUCAAAAUUUAUUAUCUGCCCUUACAUGCAACGUUUCUCGACUUGAUAGUUCUUGCUCAUCUUUGAUUAUGAGCAUACUGGGCUCAGUGUGGGUAUCGAGAAAUGAACCUUUUGUCCGCUGCUACACAAGGUUUUUGGGACAUUUGCUUUCUGCUCAAUCUACCUAUUUGCCCAUGGUCAUGACCAUGCUUAUCCAGCACAUGUGCUACCAGAGUAAUAGUUUAGCAAUUCAUUAUGAACAUGCUCAUAUGGCUUUAAAAUAUGUGUUAGAUCUUGUCCCUCGUGCGCAUUCUUACUUGUAUAGUUGUAUACUUGAGGAGUUUCCGUACAAGGAUGAAAGUAUUCUGGCACAAAUGACCUAUAUUUCGAACGUUUUAAGUAUUUGUGAAUAUGUACCAUCUCUUAAAGGUCCUGUAUUGCAUGCAAUUAUUGAUAAAAUCAUUCAAGUUGAUGUUGAGAUUCAAGUAGAACUUGAUAUCGAGGAUGAUGAGGAAUCAGAUAUUUCAGAUGAUGCUAGCUCCGAUGUAUUAACUGCAUCUGCUUUGUAUGAGCGCCACGCUGGUACUUCGGAGGAUCUUACUUCUAGUACUCUAUUGAACGAUGAUCCCUUGUCUCCUGUCGAUACCAAACAAACCUUGCUGCAACUGGACCAGCUUUUGUAUACAUUGUUUUCUUAUUUAACAAAGAAUUUAAACCAAAGUAGGGAUCGUUACGUUGUUUACAAUAGUCUGAUUCGAUCAUUUGUUAAUACUGUUCUUAAAACCUUUCGCUGUCGGUAUACACAGUUUUUAAUCUUCUGGGCUUCCCAACUAAAUCCAGAAUUUACCGACAUUUUCUUGGGAGUCCUCACGGAAGUUUGCUUGGAUCCAUCUCAACCCUAUACGCUUCGGAUUAGUGGAGCCAUGUACCUCGGGUCUUAUGUGUCUCGUGCUAAAACUUUGGAAGCCUCGACGAUUCAAGUUAUUGUCGGCCUAAUGACUCGUUGGAUCGAGGCCUACUUGGAUCAAUGCGAAAACGAGCUAUCCGAUGAUUUGAUAUCCAAACAUUCUGUUUUUUAUGCCAUUAACCAAAGCGUAUUAUACAUUUUCUGUUUCCGUUGGCAAGAGCUGCGAAUCUCGGAUGAGACAGAUCCAAUGGAUCCCAAGCCGGCAGAAUGGCUUCCAGGCCUGGAAGUUCUUCAUAGAUCCGUUCUUUCCCGCUUAAAUCCAUUGCGAUACUGCUCACCUAAUGUUGUUCAUCAGUUUGCUAGGAUAGCAAAUCACUUGAACUUUAUGUAUAUUUAUUCAAUUUUGGAGCAAAACAGAAAGGGAUCAAUUCGGGAUGGAUUAGAAACAAUCGAUUCGUUUUUCCCCUUCGAUCCUUAUCGUCUAUCAAAAUCUUCGUCGAUUGUCCAACCAUUUUAUAAUGAAUGGCAGCCAGUUCCUGGAUUGGACGAAGAUGAGGAAGCUGAAGAUGAACCAGUGACCGAUUUUCCUCUCGUAUCGUCGUUAUAAUUAAAAUGACCUCAGGAACCGAAUCUUUUCAAAUGACAUCUUGGUUUACAAGAAACAGUUGUGUGGAGUUUUAAUUUACCGGUCAGUGUCUAUUUAACGUAAUAAUGUCAAUCUAAAUAAGUUUAAUAAAAUUUGGGAUACCAAUGGCGAAUUAAAAAUCAGAUGCGUAUACUUUU